AUGGCUCCGAGGGACACCUUCUUCCGCUCGGCGGAUAUGAGCUUGACCCAGCUCUACAUUGCCAACGAGAUCGGAAGAGAAGUUGUCAGUGCCCUAGGUGAAGUUGGUCAGGUUCAGUUUCGAGAUCUCAACCCGGACACGAACGCUUUCCAAAGAACCUUCACAAAAGAAAUCCGUCGCCUAGACAAUGUCGAAAGACAGCUCCGCUAUUUCCAUCAACAGAUGGAAAAGGCCGCGAUCCCCAUGAGAUCUUCCUCGGAUUUCUCCGAUACAUUGGCUGCCCCUUUAGCAUCGGAGAUCGAUGAGUUGGCUGAUCGCAGCGAGAGCCUUGAACAGCGGAUUAUCUCUCUGAACGAUAGCUAUGAGACUUUGAAGAAGCGCGAAGUCGAGCUGAGCGAAUGGCGAUGGGUACUGAGAGAGGCCGGUGGAUUCUUCGAUCGGGCCCACACACAAACAGAAGACAUUCGUCAAUCCUUUGACAACGAUGAAGCUCCCUUGCUCCGCGAUGUUGAGCACCACGCUCCUCGCCAAAAUGGAGACACCCAGGGACAGCAGAGCUUCUCGGAAAUGAACAUUGGAUUCGUUGCUGGUGUUAUCCCCCGGGAUCGCAUCGGAGCAUUUGAGCGUAUCCUUUGGCGCACCCUGCGCGGAAACCUUUACAUGAACCAGUCUGAGAUCCCGGAGCCCAUUAUAGACCCGAUGACCAACGAGGAAGUCCACAAGAAUGUUUUCGUCAUCUUCGCUCACGGCAAGAACAUCCUUGCCAAGAUUAGAAAGAUCUCGGAGUCGCUCAACGCAUCCUUGUACGGUGUCGAUGAGAACAGUGAGUUGAGAAGAGACCAGAUUCACGAAGUAAACACCCGUCUCGGCGAUGUUGGCAAUGUCCUCCGCAACACCAAGAACACCCUUGAUGCGGAACUAUCCCAGAUUGCUCGCUCGCUCGCCGCAUGGAUGAUCAUCGUCAAGAAGGAAAAGGCUGUUUACGACACAUUGAACAAAUUUUCAUACGAUCAGGCACGGAAGACGCUGAUCGCUGAGGCGUGGUGUCCGACAAACUCUCUGGCUCUGAUCAAGUCAACCCUUCAGGAUGUGAACGACCGUGCAGGCCUCACUGUUCCUACAAUUGUCAAUCAGAUCCGAACCAACAAGACUCCUCCGACUUUUGUCAGGACGAACAAGUUUACCGAAGGUUUCAAACAAUUGUGA